AUGAAGGAAAACCACACACUGAAGUUAUGCAAGUAUGUUCUGAGCUUUGUGAUGCAUCUCUCCUUUCUAUUAACUACUUUGAAAACCUGUUCUUCAACGGAUAUCCCUUCAGAUAGAAUCCUCCUCGACUGUGGUUCUUUAAAAGCAUCGCAAUUCAAUGGAGCAGAAUGGAUAGGUGACACUCACAACCAUUUUUUGCCUCCAGCGUACGACGAAAUAUCUUCUGCACGCUUCAUCUCAAACCUGAGCUCUGAAGUUCCAGAGAUCCCAUACUCAACCGCACGCGUGAUUCAUUCUCCAUUCACAUACUCUUUCCCCUUCUCCCAUGUCCUUGUAUUCAUCCGUUUUUACUUUCUUUCAACUUCAUACCUGGGACUAAGCCCCUCGAAGGCUUACUUUUCUGUUAAAACCGGUCCUUACACUCUGUUGAGUCAUUUCAGCCCCUCUAUUGCUGCUAACGAUAUCAAGUCAGGCUUCUUCACUAAGGAUUUCUUAGUCAACGUCAAGGCAAAGAGACUUGACAUAAUUUUCAUCCCAGAAUCUCUAGUUUCCAAUGCACUUGCCUUCGUAAAUGGUAUUGAGAUCUUCUCGGUGCCUCUCAGUAUUUACUUUCCAGGUCCCCACAGCCCCCUUCCUUGUGUUGGGCAUCGGGUACCUUUCUUCAUUAAUGAUGACUACGCUCUUGAAAUGCUUUACCGGGUUAAUGUCGGAAAUGAUUAUUAUUCUGCUGACGCUAUAAAUGUUUUUGGGACAUGGAGUUAUGAUUUAAGCUAUAUAGCUGGCUUUAAACACGGAAGUGUCCUUGAUAUUAAGCUUCGAACAAGUAAAAUGACUUACAACUCUUCCAAAUACAAUGACUAUAAUUAUUCAGCACCAGCAGAACUUUAUUGGACCGCCAGGACAAUGGGUAUCAACGAAGAUAACACGAGGUACAACUUAACAUGGUCAUUCCCUGUUGAUUCCGGUUUCAAGUACCUUAUCAGGCUUCAUUUCUGCGAGAUAUCCAUGGAGAUGACCCAGGUCAACCAAAGGGUGUUCAAGGUGUAUAUCAACAACCAAACAGCAGAGGAGAGCAUGGACUUAGUUGCUCUGACUGGUGCUCCACUCGUCACCUUGUACAGAGACUACGUGGCUAUGGUUCCUGUGGGAAAUGGGAGGAAGCAAAAUAUGUGGAUUGCCCUUCACCCCAACAUGAAGUCAAAACCCAAGUAUGCUGAUGCCAUACUGAAUGGCAUUGAGAUCCUCAAGUUAAGCGACAGUAGCCACAAUCUUGCAGCUAGUGUUCAACUGAAAAUGGAACAAAAAGAGGAAAAAACUCGAUACAGCAUUAUUAUUGGAAGCACUGUUGGUGUCAUCUUCGGAUUGCUCAUUACAUUUUUCAUUCUUGUUCGGAAAUCAGGGAAGAGAAUUAAGUGGGGACCUUUUCGGGAGGUGCCAUCAAACUCAGCGGGCAAAAGUCCCAAAAAUUUGCAUGUAAGAGUCAGCUCAGGCCAGCGCUACCGAUUCACAUUAGCAGAGAUCAGAACAGCCACGAACAACUUCAGCCAGGCUCUUGUCAUUGGGGAGGGAGGCUUUGGCAAAGUUUACAAAGGAUUGAUCCGCGAUGGAGGCACCAAUGUGGCAAUAAAGCGCUGUAAUCCGACUUCCCACCAAGGAUAUAGAGAGUUUCAAAACGAGAUCAAUUUGUUAUCCUCAUUCUGUCACAUGAAUUUAGUGUCGUUGCUAGGCUACUGUCACGAGGGCAAUGAGCUGAUACUUGUCUAUGAAUACAUGGCUGAAGGCACUCUUCGCGAUCACUUAUACAAAACAAAGAAACAGCCAUUACCUUGGAAUCAGAGAAUAGAGAUUUGUAUUGCUGCAGCUCGAGGGUUACAUUACCUCCAUACAGGCACAAAGCACCCAGUUAUUCACCGAGAUGUCAAGUCAUCCAACAUAUUGUUGGAUCACAAUCUCGUAGCUAAAAUUGCAGAUUUUGGGUUAUCUAGAAGUGGCCCCACUUCCGCAUCCCGCAGCCAUGUUAGCACUGAUGUAAAGGGUACAUUUGGCUAUUUAGACCCAGAAUACUACAGGAGAAGAAAGCUAACUGAAAAAUCUGACGUUUAUUCAUUUGGGGUGGUGCUGUUUGAAGUGUUCUGUGGAAGGCCAGCAGUGAAUCCUAUGGCAGUGGAAGAGGAUGGCGAGAAGAUUGGCUUGGUUGAGUGGGCUUGGCAGUGUCAUCUCUCUGGGGAAUUUCAUAGAAUGAUGGACCCGCAUUUAAAAGGAAGAGUUCCAUCAGGUUGCCUCAAGGAGUUUGCAGAUAUUGGCAUCAAGUGCUUGGCAGAAAAGAGCAAAGAUAGGCCAACUAUGGGGGAAGUGCUUAGUAGUUUGGAGAAGCUUCUGUUGUUGCAGGAGAGUUUGGACGGACAAGAAAUAAAUGGAGAUGCACAUUGCUGUAUAGGGAUAAAUGAGAAUAUCGCAAGCAGUAGGUUAAUUGAUGAACAACACCUGCACGAUGAAAUUGUGCCAAUGGAUGGAUGA